AUGUCGAUAGAACAAGGUGUUUCUGCACCAGAUGCAACAGGAACUAAGGCAACUAAUCUCCUGAAAAGGAACUCAGAUGAUGUUGGAUGGGAAUAUGGUGUUCUUGUUGAUGCUAGCAACAAGGACAAGGUGAAGUGCAAGCUCUGUAACAAGGAGAUGAGAGGAGGGAUUCAUAGGCUGAAGGAGCAUUUGGCUCAUGAAGGAAAGAAUGUGAAGAAAUGCAUAGCAAGAACACCACAGGCUAUGGAGGCUAAAGAGAAGUGCAAGAUAUGGUGUGCUCAUGGAUGGGAGGCUGCUGAAAUCAUCUAG